AUGCACUUCUCUCGAACGAAGCCCAAGACGGCGCCGCCGGUGCUCCACGAGUUUGUGAAACGGCCGGAUCGAGCGAUGCGUUGGCUCGGCGUUUGGCUCGACAGCUCUCUCUCUUUCAAGACACACGUCGAGAAAUGGACGGCCAAGGCACAAGCUGUUGCCUUUCAUCUUAGGAGACUGACGAACAUCAAAUAUGGUCCUCUGCCGAGUGCUAUGCGACGAGCCGUCUGCGCUUGCGUCAUCCCCGUGCUACUGUACGCGGCGGAGGCCUGGUACCCUGGUCCGAAAAGCCCGCGCUGGACGAAGCCUUCCAAGGAGGGGCCGUCGGGGAUUGGCAAACUCGUCAAGAAGAUGAGCAAGGCACUCUACACGUCUCUUCGGGCUAUUUUGCCAGUGUGGAGGACGACACCGACGAACGUGCUGCACAGGGAGGCGGGAAUACCGCCCGUUCCUCUACUCCUCGAAGGGCGUCGGACGGCCUUUGCUGCGCGCCUUAAAGCUCUCGACGAAGCUCAUACGCUCGUCCAGCGCACGUCGCGACCAAAAGCUCCCGUCGUGACCGUGAACAAACUUAUCAAGUUGAAGUACCAGAAACAGCCACAGCCCUUCCGUACCAGACUGCGGCGAGCCGACGAAAUGCUAUCGAGCUGCCCGAGACCUGCUUUACUGCAGCGCGGAUUUGCCGAAGAGCAGACUGCGCCUCUGCAGAGUGCAUCGAAACACGAGACGGCGAAAAAAUUUCGCGACUGGCUUCGGGCACUAUCGCCCCGAACUCUUGUUCUCUAG